GCCACGGGCAACGACGCACAUCUUAUACCUGUCCGGCACGGGCAGCAACGACGAUCCAGGGACCGCGACUGCGACUGCGACCUACCGCGACCCCCCCUCUCCAGGGACCAUGCACCAGCAGCAGUGGUGCCGAGACAAAAGAAACGGCCGAUCAUGCCCGCCUUCGACGUCGACCUCCCCUAUUGCGCCUGCACGCCCUACUGCAAGGCACCACGGCCGUGCAUGGUGCAUGGCAGAUGCGCCAUUGGCUGCGUGCCGACUAUGGCGUCUUGGAGACGGUCCGCGUCACGGCCACGCGCAGCCGGGCGCGCGUGCGAUUUGUCGACGCUGCGGGCGCGCGGCAUCCUGGUGGAGAUCGCGAUAUAUCCGGCAAAAGAAAGGAACCUAGGUUGGGCGGGCGGAAGAAUCAACAAGAUACAACGAGAGAAUUCAUCCGUGGAGCGAGCGAGCGCGGACGUCUGCUCCAUCUCUCACUCAGCUCGAUGUAGUAGUCGCAUCGAGUCAGCAACCAGCAAGCGGUCCCUCGCAGCGAAACCACCACGAUCAAAGAUCACAAUCUCGGGUACGUCGCUUUGCGCAGCACGGCCACGGGCCGGCAGUGCUUUUGCGCUGUCGAUGAACUGCCUGAUGCGGCAAUGUCCGCGCUGCGUGCGCAAUCCAAUCCCUGGCCGCCGGCCUGUUCAUGUUUGAGGCCCCGCGACAUUUAUUGCGCGUGAGAUACAUAUUACCUAUUGCCUGAACACCAAUCGUUCGCCGUUUCCAU